AGGCGCGCGGCGCGGCACGGCCGACGUGGGGCUCGCGCUCUCGCGGUCUCUCCCGGGCGGGCACGCGCACUCGCGGGCGCGCGCGCGGACGGCCGGGCGGAGGCAGCGUCUCGCGGAGGCGGUGGCUUCACUUUCCAGGAGUCAGGGGCGGCCGCAGCAGCAGCCGCGGGCAGCAGCCUCGGGAGCCGGAGCUGGAACGGCCGCGGGCAGCGGCGGCGGCGCUGAGGGAUCUAAAAUGUCCACUGAGGCACAAAGAGUUGAUGACAGUCCAAGCACUAGUGGAGGAAGUUCUGAUGGAGACCAGCGUGAAAGUGUUCAGCAAGAACCAGAAAGAGAGCAAGUUCAGCCCAAGAAAAAGGAGGGAAAAAUAUCCAGCAAAACAGCUGCUAAAUUGUCAACUAGUGCUAAAAGAAUUCAGAAGGAACUCGCAGAGAUUACGUUGGACCCUCCUCCCAACUGUAGUGCUGGACCCAAAGGAGACAACAUUUAUGAAUGGAGGUCAACUAUAUUGGGACCCCCAGGAUCUGUCUAUGAAGGAGGGGUGUUCUUUCUUGACAUUACCUUUUCACCAGACUAUCCGUUUAAACCCCCUAAGGUUACUUUCCGGACAAGAAUCUAUCACUGUAAUAUUAACAGCCAGGGCGUCAUCUGUCUGGACAUCCUAAAGGACAACUGGAGUCCAGCCCUAACCAUUUCUAAAGUUCUCCUCUCCAUCUGCUCACUUCUUACCGAUUGCAACCCUGGAAGGAUUAUCUCGCGGGUGGCAAAAUGUCCAACAGUCACCAGCCAGUUGACGGGUGCACCGGUGAUAAUCAUUCUGUUCCCAGUGCAACAGUCUAGCUGACCCUCUGGUGGGCAGCAUCGCCACACAGUACAUGACCAACAGAGCAGAGCACGACCGGAUGGCCAGACAGUGGACCAAGCGGUAUGCCACAUAGGGGCCUGCUGGCUGCUGCCCCCGCCGGACCUGUGCAAGCACAUUCACCAAGUGCAUCAAUAGCCCUACCCACCCCUCCGGACCUCGGUUCUGAUCUUCUUAUUUUUAUUACAUUUUGAACCUUUUUCUGAUGGUGUGUCAUCCAUCCCCCGUCCCUUGUCCCUUCCUCCUCUUCCUCCUCUUCCUCCUCUUCCUCCUCUUCCCUCUCUCUUCCCUCCACCCCUGCCUUCUCAAUUUAUUCCCUUUUUUUGAUUUCUAUUAACUUGAAAGAUUUGGGGUUUUUUUUUCCCACCUCAACACGGAUGGGAACUUUUGUUUUCAGUGCAAACAAUGUCGGAUCUGUAAUAGUAAGAGCUUUCUUACAAAGCUUCGUAUUACUGUGUGGUUUUGUUUUUUGUUGGUGUUUGUUUUAUUUUGGUUUUUUUUCCUUUUAUGUGAUCUUUGGGAAAACACGAAUUCAGAAUUAUAUCUCAUUUCUACUUAAAUGUAGUGCUUAGGAUUAAUUUUUUGUACUGAAGUCUUUAUUGGUGGGUGCAUGCUACUGGGAACAAGUUUUUUGUACAAAAGCUUCAAUCAGAAUCACUGUGCAUUACUGAGACUCUGUUUAUCACUAGCCUUCUGUCUCCCACACAGAAGACUGUUGGAUUGAACAAAAUAAUAUGUAUUUUGAUUUACUUAAAGUGCUUGUAAAUUUCUUAGGGACCUGCCACUUUUGACUGUGGAUCAGUUGAUGUACACUUGUAUUAUUAAAGCACUCAAUAAAUCACUGUGGCUGAUAAA